AUGACAUCAGCCACGGAGCUUGAAAACGUGGGCAACCAGCCACCGUACAGCCGGAUCAAUGCCCGCUGGGACGGCCCGGAUGAUGAGCUGGAUAAUGACAACAGCUCAGCCAGGCUCUUUGAGAGGUCCCGGAUCAAGGCCUUGGCAGAUGAGCGGGAAGUUGUUCAGAAGAAGACCUUCACGAAAUGGGUGAACUCACACCUGGCGCGCGUGUCCUGCCGCAUCACCGACCUCUACAAAGACCUGCGGGAUGGGCGGAUGCUCAUCAAGCUGCUGGAGGUGCUCUCCGGAGAGAUGCUGCCAAAGCCCACGAAGGGGAAGAUGCGCAUCCACUGCCUGGAGAAUGUGGACAAGGCCCUGCAGUUCCUGAGGGAACAGCGCGUGCACCUGGAGAACAUGGGCUCCCACGACAUCGUGGAUGGCAACCACCGCCUGGUCCUCGGCCUCAUCUGGACCAUCAUCUUGCGCUUCCAGAUUCAGGACAUCGUCGUCCAAACUCAGGAAGGUCGUGAGACGCGCUCGGCCAAGGAUGCCUUGCUCUUGUGGUGUCAGAUGAAGACGGCAGGCUACCCCCACGUCAAUGUCACCAACUUCACCUCCAGCUGGAAGGAUGGCCUGGCCUUUAACGCCCUGAUCCAUAAGCACCGGCCCGACCUGAUCGACUUCGAUAAGCUGAAGGACUCCAACGCCCGGCACAACCUGGAACACGCCUUCGAAGUGGCCGAGCGUCAGCUGGGCAUCAUCCCGCUCCUCGACCCUGAAGAUGUCUUCACAGAAAACCCUGAUGAGAAAUCCAUCAUUACCUAUGUGGUGGCGUUUUACCACUACUUUUCCAAGAUGAAGGUGCUGGCAGUGGAGGGCAAACGAGUCGGUAAGGUAAUUGACCACGCCAUUGAGACCGAGAAGAUGAUUGAGAAGUACAGUGGGCUGGCCUCGGACCUGCUCACCUGGAUUGAGCAGACCAUCACUGUCCUGAAUAGCCGCAAGUUCGCCAACUCCCUGGCCGGUGUCCAGCAACAGCUGCAGGCCUUCAGCACCUACCGCACCAUCGAGAAGCCACCCAAGUUUCAGGAGAAGGGGAAUCUGGAAGUCCUACUUUUUACCAUCCAGUCCCGGAUGAGAGCCAACAAUCAGAAAGUGUAUACGCCCCAUGAUGGGAAACUGGUGUCUGACAUCAACCGGGCCUGGGAAAGCCUGGAGGAAGCUGAGUACCAGCGGGAGCUGGCCCUGAGGGGUGAGCUCAUCCGGCAGGAGAAGCUGGAGCAGCUGGCCCGGCGCUUUGACAGAAAAGCUGCCAUGAGAGAGACGUGGCUCAGCGAAAACCAGCGCCUCGUGGCCCAGGAUAACUUCGGGUACGACCUGGCAGCAGUGGAGGCCGCCAAGAAGAAGCACGAGGCUAUCGAGACAGACACGGCUGCCUACGAGGAGCGGGUGCGGGCCCUGGAGGACUUGGCCCAGGAGCUGGAGCUGGAGAACUACCAUGACCAGAAGCGCAUCACGGCCCGCAAGGACAACAUCCUGCGCCUGUGGGACUACCUGCAGGAGCUGCUGGGGGCCCGGCGCCAGAGGCUGGAGAAGACGCUGGACCUGCAGAAGCUCUUCCAGGACAUGCUGCAUAGCAUUGAUUGGAUGGACGGGAUCAAGGCUCACCUCUUGUCUGCUGAGUUUGGAAAGCACUUGUUGGAGGUCGAGGACUUGCUACAGAAACACAAGUUGAUGGAGGCUGACAUUGCCAUCCAAGGCGACAAAGUGAAGGCCAUCACCACAGCCACCCUGCAGUUCACUGAGGGGUCAGGGUACCAGCCUUGUGACCCCCAGGUCAUCCGGGAUCGUGUCAGCCACCUGGAAAAGUGCUUCGAGGAGCUGAGCAACACGGCAGCUGGGCGCAAGGCCCAGCUGGAGCAGUCCAAGCAGCUCUGUAAGUUCUUCUGGGAGAUGGAUGAGGCCGAGAGCUGGAUCAAGGAGAAGGAGCAGAUUUACUCCUCCCUGGACUAUGGCAAGGACCUGACUAGCGUGCUCAUCCUGCAGCGUAAGCACAAGGCCUUUGAGGAUGAGCUGCGCGGGCUGGAUGCCCACCUAGACCAGAUCUUCCGGGAGGCUGAGGACAUGGUGGCACGCAAGCAGUUUGGGUACGAGCGGAUUGAGGUCCGGAUCAAGAAGGUGUCUGACCAGUGGAAUGAGCUGAAGGACCUGGCUGCCUUUUGCAAGAAAAACCUCCAGGACACUGAGAACUUCUUCCAGUUCCAGGGCGACGCGGAUGAUCUGAAGGCCUGGCUACAGGACGCCCACCGGCUGCUCUCGGGGGAAGACGUGGGGCAGGAUGAAGGGGCCACACGGGCCCUGGAGAAAAAACACAAGGACUUCCUGGAGGAGCUGGAGGAGAGCCGCGGAGUGAUGCAGCACCUGGAACAGCAGGCGCAGGACUUUCCCCCAGGGUUCCAGGAUUCCCCAGAUGUGACCAACCGGCUGCAGGCCCUCCGGGAUCUCUACCAGCAGGUGGUGGCCCAGGCGGACAUGCGGCGGCAGAGGCUGCAGGAUGCCCUGGACCUGUACACGGUGUUUGGGGAGACAGACGCCUGUUUGCUGUGGAUGGGCGAGAAGGAGAAGUGGCUGGCCCAGAUGGAGAUCCCGGACACGCUGGAGGAUCUGGAGGUCGUGCAGCACAGGUUCGACAUCCUGGACCAGGAGAUGAAGACGUUGAUGAGUCAGAUUGAUGGCGUGAACCUUGCUGCCAACAGCCUGGUAGAGAGCAAUCACCCACGCAGUGCGGAAGUGAAGAAGUGCCAGGAUAACCUGAACACCAGGUGGCAGGACUUCCAGACCAUGGUGUCCGAACGGCGGGAGGCCGUGGACUCGGCCCUCCGGGUGCACAACUACUGCGUGGACUGUGAGGAGACUGGCAAGUGGAUCGUGGACAAGACGAAGGUGGUGGAGUCCACAAAGGACCUGGGCCGGGACCUGGCAGGGGUCAUUGCCGUCCAGCGCAAGUUGUCGGGGCUGGAGCGAGACGUGGCCGCCAUCCAGACCCGUCUGGGCAUGCUGGAGCGGGAGUCACAGCGGUUGAUGCAGUCACACCCCGAGCUGAAGACGGACAUUGAGCAGAGGCAGGCGUACGUGGAGGAGCUGUGGCAGGGCCUAAAGCAGGCCUUGAAGAGCCAGGAGGCCUCCCUGGGGGAAGCCAGCCAGCUGCAGGCCUUCCUGCAGGAUCUGGAUGCCUUCCAGGCCUGGCUCUCCACGACCCAGAAGGAUGUGGCCUCCAAGGACAUGCCCGAGUCCCUCCCGGAGGCCGAGCAGCUCCUGCAGCAGCACGUGGCCAUCAAGGACGACAUCGACAGGCACCAGGAGAGCUACCAGAAAGUCAGGGUGUCUGGGGAGAGGGUGACCCAUGGCCAGACGGACCCAGAAUACCUGCUCCUGGGCCAGCGGCUAGACGGCCUAGAGAAGGGCUGGGACGCCUUGAGCCGGAUGUGGGAGAGCCGCAGCCAGGCCCUCACCCAGUGCCUCGGCUUCCAGGAGUUCCAGAAAGAUGCCAAGCAGGCUGAGGCCAUCCUCAGCAACCAGGAAUAUACCCUGGCUCACUUGGAGCCCCCAGACUCCCUAGAAGCUGCAGAGGCCGGGAUCCGGAAGUUUGAGGAUUUCUUGGUGUCUAUGGAGAACAACCGGGAUAAGGUUUUGAGUCCUGUGGACUCUGGCAACAAGCUGGUAGCUGAGGGGAACCUCUACUCAGACAAGAUCAAGGAGAAGGUGCAGCUGAUUGAGGACAGGCACAGGAAGAACAAUGAGAAGGCCCAAGAGGCCUCAGAGCUUCUGAAAGACAACCUAGAGCUCCAGAACUUCCUGCAGAACUGCCAGGAGCUCACUCUCUGGAUCAAUGACAAGCUGCUAACAUCUCAGGAUGUCUCCUAUGACGAAGCUCGAAACCUUCACAACAAAUGGCUGAAGCACCAGGCAUUCGUGGCAGAGCUGGCUUCCCACCAGGGGUGGCUGGAGAACCUUGACGCGGAAGGAAAGCAGCUGAUGGAGGAGAAGCCCCAGUUUGCAGCCCUGGUGUCACAGAAGCUGGAAGCCCUGCACCGGCUCUGGGACGAGCUUCAGGCCAACACACAAGAGACGGCUCAGCACCUAUCAGCUGCCAGGAGCUCCGACCUGCGCUCGCAGACCCAGGCUGACCUCAACAAGUGGAUCCGGGCCAUGGAGGACCAGCUGCAGUCGGACGACCUGGGCAAGGACCUGACCAGCGUCAACAGGAUGCUGGCUAAGCUGAAGCGCGUGGAGGACCAAGUGAAUGUGCGCAAGGAGGAGCUGGAGGAGCUGUUCGCCCAGAUGCCCUCGCUGGGAGAGGAGGCGGGGGAUGAAGACCUGAGCAUUGAGAAGCGGUUCCUGGAUCUUCUGGAGCCCUUGGGGAGGAGGAAGAAGCAGCUGGAAUCAUCCAGAGCCAAGCUGCAGAUCAGCCGGGACUUAGAGGAUGAGACGCUCUGGGUGGAAGAGAGGCUGCCUCUGGCCCAGUCGACCGACUAUGGCACUAACCUGCAAACCGUGCAGCUGUUCGUGAAAAAGAACCAGACGCUGCAGAACGAGAUCCUGGGCCACACGCCCCGGGUGGAGGACGUGCUGCACAGAGCGCAGCAGCUGGUGGCGGCGGCCGAGAUCGACUGCCAGGACGUGGAGGAGCGCCUGGGGCAGCUGCAAGGCUCGUGGGACACGCUGCGGGAGGCAGCGGCCGGCCGGCUGCAGCGCCUGCGGGAGGCCAGUGAGGCCCAGCAGUACUACCUGGACGCGGGCGAGGCCGAGGCCUGGAUCGGCGAGCAGGAGUUCUACGUCUUCUCCGACGAGAACCCCCAGGAUGAAGAGAGUGCCAUCGUGAUGCUGAAGCGGCACUUGCGGCAGCAGCGGGCGGUGGAGGAGUAUGGGAGGAACAUCAAGCAGCUGGCCGGCCGGGCACAGGGCCUGCUGUCCGCAGGCCACCCCGAGGGAGAACAGAUCAUCAGACUUCAGGGGCAGGUGGACAAGCAGUACGCAGGGCUGAAGGACAUGGCGGAGGAGCGCAGGCGGAAGCUGGAGAACAUGUACCACCUGUUCCAGCUCAAGAGGGAGGUGGAUGACCUGGAGCAGUGGAUCGCAGAGAAGGACACAGUGGCCUCCUCCUCGGAAAUGGGGCAAGACUUUGACCACGUGACUGUGCUCCGGGACAAGUUCCGGGACUUUGCCCGGGAGACCGGGGCAAUUGGGCAGGAGCGGGUGGACAACGUGAAUGCCGUCAUUGAGCGGCUCAUCGAUGCGGGCCACUCAGAGGCAGCCACCAUCGCCGAGUGGAAGGAUGGGCUGAACGAGAUGUGGGCGGACCUGCUAGAGCUCAUCGACACGCGCAUGCAGCUGCUGGCUGCCUCCUACGACCUGCAGCGCUACUUCUACACCGGUUCCGAGAUCCUGGGCCUCAUUGAUGAGAAGCACCGUGAGCUGCCUGAGGAUGUGGGGCUGGACGCCAGCACCGCGGAGUCUUUCCACCGUGUGCACACAGCUUUUGAGCGGGAGCUCCAUCUGCUGGGGGAGCAGGUACAGCAGUUCCAGGAUGUGGCCACCCGCCUGCAAACAGCGUACGCCGGGGAGAAGGCAGACAUCAUCCAGAACAAGGAGCAGGAAGUGUCUGCCGCGUGGCAGGCGCUGCUCGAUGCCUGUGCCGGGCGCCGCACCCAGCUGGUGGACACGGCAGACAAAUUCCGCUUCUUCAGCAUGGUCCGAGACCUCCUCUCCUGGAUGGACAGCAUCAUCCGGCAGAUUGAGACCCAGGAGAAGCCCAGGGAUGUCUCCUCAGUGGAACUCCUCAUGAAGUAUCACCAGGGCAUCCGGGCGGAGAUAGAGACCCGCAGCAAGAACUUCAGCACCUGCCUGGAGCUCGGCGAGUCCCUCCUGCAGAGGCAGCACCAGGCCUCGGACGAGAUCAGGGAGAAGCUGGAGCAGGUGGUGUCCAGGAGAGAGGAGAUGAAGGAGAAGUGGGAGGCCCGCUGGGAGCGGCUCCGCAUGUUGCUGGAGGUAUGUCAGUUUUUCCGGGAUGCCUCUGUGGCCGAAGCAUGGUUGAUCGCCCAGGAGCCUUACCUGGCCAGCCGGGACUAUGGACACACGGUGGACAGCGUGGAAAAGCUCAUCAAGAGGCAUGAGGCUUUUGAGAAAUCUGCGGCCAGCUGGGAAGAGCGCUUCGCUGCCCUAGAAAAGCCCACCACGCUUGAGCUCAAAGAGCGCCAGACCCCGGAGAGAACGGAGGAGGAGCCUGGGCUUCAAGAGGAGGAAGGCGAGACAGCGGGGGAGGCUCCCCGAGGUCCCCACCAAGCCACCACUGAGAGAACAUCCCCGGGGGAAGAAGAGAGGCCGUGGCCCCAGGACCUGCAGCCACCACCCCCACCAGGGCCCCACGAGGACGGGCAGGAGGAGAAAUCCAGCACAGACGAGAGGCCUGCCACAGAGCCCCUCUUCAAGGUCCUCGACACACCGCUGAGUGAGGGUGACGAGCCUACGACGCUGCCGGCCCAGCGGGACCGCGGGCACAGUGUGCAGAUGGAGGGCUUCCUGGGCCGGAAGCACGACCUGGAGGGGCCCAACAAGAGGGCCUCCAACAGGUCCUGGAACAACCUGUACUGUGUGCUCAGGAACAGUGAGCUGGCCUUCUAUAAGGAUGCCAAGAAUCUGGCCCUGGGGGUGCCCUACCAUGGGGAGGAGCCCCUGGCCCUGAGACAUGCCAUCUGUGAGAUUGCUGCCAACUACAAGAAGAAGAAGCACGUCUUCAAGCUGAGGCUAAGCAACGGCAGUGAGUGGCUCUUCCACGGCAAGGAUGAGGAGGAGAUGCUGUCCUGGCUGCAGGGCGUGAGCACGGCCAUCAACGAGUCCCAGAGCAUCCGCGUCAAGGCACAGAGCCUGCCCCUUCCCCCCAUCACCGGCCCCGACGCCAGCCUCGGCAAGAAAGACAAGGAGAAGAGAUUCAGCUUCUUCCCCAAAAAGAAGUAA